UUGGAAAAAUAAUGGAGAAAAUUAUCAACCAAAGAUUAUCAUGGUCGUUCGAAACAAAAGGCCUGAGAUUGAAGACUCAAUGCGGUUUCAGGAAAGGAAGAAGCACGUUGGACAACCUAACAGGACUCGAGCACUACAUCCGGGACGGAUUCAACAAUAUAAGGCCCCUCAACACCUACGCCAUCUUCCUCGACAUCGCUAAAGCCUUCGACACCACCUGGAUCCAAGGGCUCCUCUACAAGCUAAGCACGAAAGGCGUGAACGGCAACAUCUUGGGCUGGCUCAACAACCUCCUCCGCAAUCGAUCCUACAACGUAAGAAUAGGCAACACUCUAUCGGAAGACCGCCCCUUAAAAGUCGGAGUCCCCCAAGGAUCGCCCCUCAGCCCCUUCCUAUUUUCGGUAAUGAUAGAUGACUUCCCAACAUUACAACCACCAGGAGAAACCUACAUGUUUGCUGACGACAUUGAAAGUCACGUCCACUCAAGCGACGGCCAAGAAGCGGAAGAACUACUCACCCCCCAUCUAGACGCUGUCAGCAAAUGGAGCAAAAAGUGGAGAAUAAAAUUCUCGCCAGAAAAAUCCAUCCUAGUAAACUUCAGCAGACAGAGAAGAACCCAAAUUGAACCCCUACUAUUCCUGAAUGGCAAAAGAAUCCCCCAAGCUAAUGGAGUCAAACACCUAGGGAUCCACUUCGACAAAAGUCUGCGUUGGAUUAAACAUACCGAGGUAGCCAUCAGCAAAGCAAUUAAAAUUCAAAAUCUCUUCAAAGUCCUCUCUAGAUCAAAACACGGACCCCCUAUAGACUCACUCUGCAUACUUUACAAGGCCCUAAUCAGAAGCAGACUAGAAUAUGGACUAACGGUGUACGGAUCAUCCAGCAAAGGAAGAAAAGAAAAGCUCGAGUCCGUCCAGAACAACAUCCUCCGGAUUAUCCUAGGAGCACCUAAAUCAACCCCAAUCAAAGAAAUGCAAUGUGAGCUCGACAUCCCACCCCUAGACACUAGAAGAACCUGGCUAGCCGCCCGCUAUAUCUUCAGAAUCGAAAAACUACAAGACCACCCCCUGCACAAAAGAUGCUGGGAGAUGAGAAGAACCCCCAAAAGCUGGAAAGAUCUUAACGUCCCGUCGCUCAAAAUAGCCAUGGGCAGCACCAUCCUAGCCGACAUAGACCUAUUCCAAGCUGAACCUGAACAAUACCCCCAUCUACAAGAAAGACCACCCUGGAAGGAACCCCCAAUCGCUAUCAGAUACUUCCCUCUCUCCAAACAAAUGUCAAUGAACAAUCCCUCAGAAGCACGAGCACUCUUUAACGAGAUCAAACACAACCACUUCAACGCAUCCACCAUCGCCUAUACAGACGGCUCACUCAACAAAUCAACAGGAAAAACCACCUCAGCAGUAAUAAUCCCCAGUCUUAACAUCGAGGAAGCAACAACCCUCUCCAGAAACUCAUCCGUCUUCACAGCCGAGGCCGAAGCCAUCAACAGAACAUUAGAACUAGUUCACCAUCUAGACGACGAAGUGGCCGAACUUACAAUAUUAUCAGACUCAAGAUCGGUCGUCCAAUCAAUAGAAUCAUCAAAAAAAGAAAAACAUCCCAUCAUUAACGCCAUACUCACCACAGCAGAUAACCUGAAGUCAGCAGGCACCAAAAUCAAUCUGUACUGGAUACCUAGCCACGUUGGUAUUCCAGGCAAUGAAGCGGCCGACCGACUAGCCUCAGAAGAAAGCAACCAGCUACUUCCAAGCAGAUGCCUCAAAAACUUUCUCUCCUCAGCCGAACAAGCAGCAGUCUUUAAAGAAUACCUAAGGAAAAUAAACAUCAACGAAUUGCACAAAGGAAGAUAUAAAGAUAAUACCCACACAAGAACGAAGACAGGAGCGCUGAAAUGGCACUCUCACAAAUCACGAAACAUCACAAGAGUCUUGUUCAAACUCAGAACAGGGCACAACAGGCUGAAAGCCAACCUGGCCCGAUUCAACAACCAGCUAGACCCCACCUGCCAGUUCUGCGAAGAUGAAGAUGAGUCAACAAAGCACGUCCUUCUAGAAUGUCCUGCACUCGAACUAGAAAGACAAGAAAUCAACAGUUACUUUACAACUCACAACAUGGAACACAAUCUAUGUAACCUUCUAGGACUCAACCCAAGAAAUAACUGCAACACACAGCAUGAAGUCCAGAGGCUACUCGUCCAGUUCCUAAAAGCAACGAGACUCAUCAACACAAUCUAAAUAAAAAAUUAACAAACUUCCUUUCCCUCAUACCUACUCAAAACA